UCUCCUCCUUAUCUGAACUCACAGGAGCAGAGUAACAGGAGCUGGACAAGAGAGAGGCCAUGUUGGCCAGACGAGUGUGAGGUGGAGCAGAGGUUCGUGUCGACGCCCUGCGCCGUACCUCACACCGAGACGAGUCCUCCAGCUGCCACGGAGCCUCCUGAGUUUCAUCCUCCUUCAGGCAUGGAGAGCGCGAGAGUCGGUGAAACGCAGCAGAACGUACUGCUGGAGGUCCUCAGCUACUGCAGGUUCCUGCACGCAGCAGUGCAAAGGCUCGAGCAGAAGAUCGACAGCCUGCAGUCCCAAUGCAGGAACCCAGACGUCUCACAGAAGCUGACUGCGUCAGUAGGAGGCGCUCAGCUCUCCCGCUCCCUGUCACAGCGCCUCGGACCUUCACCUCAGGCAAAGCUGCUGAGAAACCCAGAGCGGCUGCAGGUCACGGAAAACGUCCCUCCUCAUGGCGCCGGCGGGAAGCGAGACAAGCGCAGGAGACGCCGAGCUCCCAGAGCGUCCGAGACACGACAGGAAGCAGCGAGACUGGUGAAAGAGGAGGAGCCACGAGAUGAAGCUGUGCAGAAGAACAGCCGAAUGAAGCGAUGGAGAAAGCAAAGGAAACGUCACACUGCAGCUCGAUCCGACCCUGAGGAGGCACCGGGCAGCGAGGACAGGAACGAUAACGAUUAAAUUAAUUUCACCAGGCGUCGCGUUCAGCAUGGUCUGGCGUGUGGAUGUCGUCACUGCGUGCGCCGAUGCUCCUUAUUUACACUUCAUAAAGAAACACUCAUCUGUUUGUACUGUUGUAAUAUAACACUGGAAUAAAGAUGCAUCAUGUUUUUUGUUUUUUUUAUUAACUUCAUUUCUAUUUGCAAAUAAAUUAA